UUUGAUUCGAUUCCAUUUUGUUAAGGAGAAAUGCCAUUUCUCCUCCGUCCAGCGACGUCGUGUCUCCUCUUUCCGCCGCCGCCAUUUCGCCGACGGAGCUCAUCUCUCUUUCUCAAAGAUCCAAUCCAACCGUCGCCGAGGCCUCUGAGCUCCGGAAGAUCCUCCGUUUUGCUUAUUCGGGCCAACACAAGCGUCAAUUCGCUAAAACCCUUCGAAAAUGUUAAACCCUAUCUACAAUCGGAAUCUAGAAACAUCCUCGCUGGCUGGCUCUGCAGCUUGGUCUCUGUUGUCUCGCUUUCUCAGAUUAUCCCCAGGAUCGGCUCCUUCACCUCCAACCUAAACGCAAACGCCGCGAGCCCUAUGAAGCUCAGAGACGCGGGUCUCGUGCUGGCGGCUCUGUUUCUGGCUAGGGUCGUCGCUGGUUAUCUGCAGCAAGCGUAUCUUUGGGAGGCUGCGUUGAAUUCGGUUUAUAGGAUUCGGGUUUUCGCGUAUCAGAGGGUUUUGGAGAGAGAACUUGAGUUCUUCGAAGGUGGGAAUGGGAUUUCAUCAGGAGAUAUUGCUUACCGUAUCACUGCCGAAGCUUCUGAAGUGGCUGAUACUGUCUAUGCUCUUCUCAACACGGUGGUGCCCAGUGCUUUUCAGAUAUCUGCAAUGGCGACACAUAUGUUAGUUGCGAGUCCUGUUUUGACACUAGUCUCUGCAAUGGUGAUCCCAUCUGUUGCGCUCGUCAUAGCUUUUCUUGGUGACCGGCUUCGCAAGAUAUCCAGAAAGGCUCAGAUUGCCUCUGCUUCACUUUCUUCCUACUUAAAUGAGGUUCUUCCUGCAAUCUUGUUUGUGAAGGCUAAUAACGCAGAGAUCUCUGAGACUGUGAGGUUUCAGAGAUUUGCUCGUGCUGAUCUAUCUGAACGUUUUAAGAAGAAAAAAAUGAAGUCACUUAUCCCUCAGAUUGUUCAAGUUAUUUAUCUCGGAUCAUUGUCCGUGUUCUGUGUUGGAGCGGUGACACUUGCAGGCUCUUCUUUAAGCUCUAGUGCGAUUGUGUCCUUUAUGACAUCAUUAGCUUUCUUGAUCGAGCCUGUCCAGGAUCUGGGAAAAGCUUAUAAUGAACUGAAACAAGGAGAACCAGCGAUAGAACGUUUGUUUGAUUUAACCUCCUUAAAAUCCAAGGUGAUCGAGAGAGCUGAAGCCAUUCGAUUGGAAAAGGUUGCAGGCGAAGUUGAAUUAUGCGAUAUUUCGUUUAAAUAUGGGGAAGAGAUGCUUCCUGUUUUAGAUGGGUUGAAUCUUCAUAUUAAAGCAGGAGAGACUAUAGCUCUUGUUGGGCCAUCUGGAGGAGGAAAGACAACAUUGAUCAAAUUGCUUCUCCGCCUUUACGAGCCUUCAUCUGGCUCUAUCUCCAUCGACAAAAAUGACAUCAAGGAUAUCAAACUGGAAAGUUUGAGGCAGCAUGUUGGUCUGGUUUCACAGGACAUAACUCUUUUUACAGGGACAGUUGCUGAGAAUAUUGGGUACAGAGAUCUCACGACAGGAAUUAACAUGAAGAGAGUUGAGGUUGCUGCAAAAACUGCAAAUGCUGAUGAAUUUAUCAGAAAUCUACCAGAGGGAUACAACACCGGAAUCGGUCCCAGAGGUUCAAGCUUAAGCGGAGGCCAGAGACAAAGACUAGCUAUCGCAAGAGCACUCUAUCAGAACUCAUCCAUACUGAUUUUGGAUGAAGCAACAUCAGCAUUGGAUAGUAUGUCAGAGUUAUUAGUCAGACAAGCUCUUGAACGUGUAAUGGAAGACCAUACGGUAAUUGUGAUUGCACAUAGACUGGAGACAGUUUUGAUGGCACAGAGAGUGUUCUUGUUAGAGAAGGGAAAGGUGAAGGAGCUAAGUCGCUCUUCUCUGUUAAAUACUCACAAGGACUCACUUUCAUCUGCUGGACUCGUGAUUUGAGAUCAAUGAAGUAUGAUCAAGAGCAGGUAGAGAUCAACUGUUCUGUAGAUAAAGAGAAGACAAAACAUUCCUCUUGUGUGUAAAGUGUAAACCAUUCAAUUAUUGUUUAAAAAUAGGAGGAACAAAUCAUUUGUUGAGCUCAAAGCCUACAGAGUUUUUGUAUCUUUCCCUAGUUAUGCCUUUUGAUACAUAGUGACAGUAUACACGUAAUAACAAAAGAUCAAAUUUGGUUGCU